AAAAUAUCUGCGCGCGUGCGCAGUAAAUCGGGAGCCGGCUUAUGGCCUGCACGCGUGCGCAGUUAGACGAGUACCGACGGGGUCGAAGUCACGUGCAAAUGCCCUUGCGCCGGAAGUGAAGGAGGAGCGGAGGCGGUUUGGUUGGUCGGCACGGCAACUGUUGCAGGUCAGGAAGUCAAAGAUCCAGUUGCAGACAGGCGAGCAGAGUCCUAGGUCUCGGAGUUUGGAGAUGAGUUUGGUUAAAAUUAUGGCAUUCAAGGUGGAGCUGAGGUCAAUAAAUAGGAGCUUGAUUGGUGCAUAUGUUAUGAGCAUUUGUAAGCGUGGCCAGACCUUGGCUUGACGAUCACGGCGGGACAGUUUAAGCCAACUGUGUGCAGAGUCACCAUUUAUCUGCAGAAAGACAUGUCUGGAGACACCUGCUUAACAUCACUGUACCCAUCUUCUGGAGCCAAACCCAAGGUCCUUGGCUUUAAAGGAGGAAGCACGGGGAACAAAUAUGUCCGAUUAAAUGUUGGAGGCUCCCUGUACUAUACCACAGUUCAGAUUUUAACCAGACAUGAUACUAUGCUAAAGGCAAUGUUUAGUGGAAGAAUGGAAGUUCUUACUGACAAAGAAGGUUGGAUCCUUAUUGACCGUUGUGGCAAACAUUUUGGCACAGUUUUGAACUACCUGAGGGAUGACUCAAUUAUCCUUCCAAAGAGUAGGCGGGAAAUAAAAGAACUGUUGGCAGAGGCUAAAUAUUACCUCAUUCAGGGCCUGGUGGAUGUGUGUCAGACUGCUUUGCAGGAAAAGAAUGAAUGCUGUGAAGUUGCAUGUACAAUUCCCAUGAUCACCUCUCCUAAGGAGGAAGAACAACUAAUUGAAACAUGUACAAAGCCUGUUGUGAAGCUGCUACAUAACAGAAGCAAUAACAAAUAUUCCUAUACUAGCAAUUCUGAUGACAAUUUGUUGAAGAACAUUGAGCUGUUCGACAAGUUAUCCCUGCGAUUUAAUGGAAGAGUGCUGUUUAUGAAGGACGUUUUAGGAGAUGAGAUUUGCUGCUGGUCAUUUUAUGGGCAGGGACGCAAACUUGCAGAGGUUUGCUGUACUUCCAUUGUGUAUGCAACAGAAAAGAAGCAAACUAAGGUUGAAUUUCCAGAAGCACGAAUUUAUGAAGAAACAUUAAACGUCUUGCUUUAUGAAACUCCACGUGUACCUGAUAAUUUGUUGUUGGAAGCUACUAGUCGAACCUCUGGUCAGGGAUCACACAGUGAAGAUGAAGAGGCACUGGAAGUUAGAGAUCGUGUGCGUCGAAUACAUGUGAAAAGAUAUAGCUCCUAUGAUGACAGACCUCUUGGACACCAGGCUGCCUAUAGAGAUUAACAUUAUAAUCAGAUGGUUAGGUGUGAACAGUAUUUACAUUUUAAAAUACUUUUUAUCUACUGAUGAUCAUCAACAGUUGGAUUAUCAUGGAACAUGAAGGCAACUGACUGACUAGAAAAAAAGUGCUUUCAAGGUUAAUUUUCUUUGAUUUGUUAUAAUGUUGAUUUUUGUUUCAUGAAAACCUUUUAUAAGUAGAGCUGAAAUGCUUGUCAAAAGUUGUGUAUUAAUUGGCCUUAACUCCAUUGUAGAUUAUCUUUCUAUUGAUCUUUAGUUUCAGAAAUCUGAAAUGUCAAUUUGAUGCAAGUCUAGCUUACCUAUGGCAGUGGAGAUGAAGUUUGAUGCCAGUGCCAUUAACGUUCUCUUGUGACCAUGCAUAUUCCACAGAGGGAGGAAACGAUCACAGUGAGAGUUUUCCUCACAUUAUUGUUACAUGCCUUUUUUUUUCAGAUAAUGGAGGCUUCGGAUCAAGUGCACCUCUCCCCUUAUUGUCACUGUUUUUGGCUUUGGACAUUAAGGGGAUUCAUCCUCAAAAUAUCAGAAGAGUAUAUUUGAGUCUAAGCCUGUCUGCUAAUUUCUGUUCAAUAUGGAUCAAUAUACUUUAGUGCAAUUACUUUCUGAACCAUUGAGGGUGCCUUAGUUUACAACUGUAAGUUUAUCAUUCAUUCAUUGAAUAUAACAAUGUUUUGGGAGUGCAGAAGGAAAAAACAGUUUUAAUUACCAUUCUUUUCAUAGAAGAAUCCUUCCACAUCAACUAUGUCAGCACCUUAGCGUUCCAGAUACCUAACAUAGUGUUUGGAGGUGAGGUCUAUUCAUAACCUAUCUGAAAUCCUAGGGCUUUAAUACAUCUCAUCUUUAUUUCCAAGUCUUAAUGAACAAUGAUUCUCAACUCUUCAAUAUGUGAUAUUUGGUUCUUAUUUGUGUAUGAUGAAAUAUAUUUUACAUCGUGUGUUUUUAAUAGAACAUCCAAGGGGAUGUGUUUUUUUUUAAUAAGUAGCAUUGGCAUUCUGGGAUGAUGAUACAUAUUCUCUUAUCAUUUUAAAAUAAUGGAAUCAGAUUUGCAUCUGAAAAUUAAGUUAACUGGACCAAAAUGUUACGUUUCUAUUUUUUGUGUACACUGCCCAUUGCUUGUCUUUGUAUGAACCUGAGAUGGUAUAUUUGACACCAUAGUGCACUGUUUGGAUCAGAUUGUGGUAUGUUGGCUGAAACUGACUUUAAGUAAUGUUUGUGAAACUGAUUGAACAUAAUUCACCUGUUCAUAUAUGACUAAUGCGAGUAGCUCAAGUUUGACUUUCAAUUGGAGAAGUUUUAUGGGCUUGUGACUUAGCCAUGAUGCAAGCCAGGAUUAGACUGCUUUCAGGUUGUGGUGAGAUUAUUUGCCUAAUUCAUCCUUUUUCACUGCCCUGCCCUGAAUCAAACCAGUUACUGGCUGACUAUAGAAUAGAUUUGACAACAACUGAAGGAGCGAUUAAAAAGCAAGUCUGCACAUUUAAGUCUGGAUUUGAGCUCCAUUUGCCUUCAGCAAAGCAAAACAACUUCUCCUCCUUCACUCCCUUCCAGUGUGGCUUUCUGCUUCACUAGGAACUGUUUCUAGGAUGCACUUUCUUUCGUCGUACUACUUUAUCAUGUUAUGUAAUUUGCGUCAGAAGAAAACAUACCCCCAAGGGAAAUCCUCUUCAUCGCUGAGACAAAACAGCCUAGAACUUGAAUCACAACCAUAUUGGGGAUGACAACACAGUGAAGGCUUUGGUAGGCCUAUAGUAAAUUAAUUCACUGCCCUCAUUAGGAUGGUACUGCUGCAUGUGAGUGCUAGUUAUGGCCCCAGAGGCUCUCUAAGAAAGCAAGAAAACAUGGGAAAGUGAGAGUUGGCAUGACCAACAGUCAGCAACGGCCUGUAAUGUUGCUGUUUUAAAGAUGACAUACUGCAGGGUCACAGCUUCCAGUCAUUCUCUUUAAGGGUUGGUGGUGUACUUGUUAAAGGCCCUGAAAUACUGUUUCCAGCACACACCUGUGGGAUUAACAUCAGUUGCAUGCACUUACUCUGAAUGCAUACUGACCAGUCCUAACUCGUGUGUGUGGUGCAAUUUUAGCAGAGGAAGAUGUAUGCUUAUCACCUGCUAGUUUCAACUAUUAGGUACACAUUUUACACCUAUUGAAUUUCUAGGCUAGUGCUAUAAACUAUGUAAUCUCAAUACUGUUUAGAUAGCUGUACUUUUGCAUUUAAACCUAAAUGAGCUUUACUACCAGCCAUCAUAUCUGAUCGAUAGUGCUGAUUCUUUCCUAAACUCAGUAAGUCACUCAUAUCAACAGAGUGGUGAAAAACCUCCAAAGCUGUUGGUGUUUCACUUCUUCAGUGAAAAUUGCUUGUGUGAGAAGAGGUAAACAAAUCAUCUCAAAGAUGCAAAUAUUGAUGCCAUAGUACCUGCUAAAUUGCUUGACCACCAACCUUUUAUCACCUCAAAUGAGUGCAUAUCCAAGAUGGGGAGGUUCAAUUGUGUACAAUCGCAGGACAUAAGUAUUUCCUUUAGAAAGAGUAGUUUUUGUUUGCUUCAAUGCUAAGUGGUGUGGCAUUAUCACUUUUACUGUAAAUUGGUUUCAAAGUUUACAUUUUGGUUUUCUGCCAAUCAGAAUGUAGAUAAUUAGGUGUCACAAUCUAAUAAAUGAAUCCAGAUCAUCUCCUAGAUGUAACUGAUUUCUAACCUCUGUAGUUCAUUGCUCCUGGAAGUGAAGUGUCCCAGAAUUUCAUAGUUGCAGCUAAACUAAACACCAAUUCUGCAGUACUUUAAUUAAUCGGGUACAUCAAUGAUUGACUCGAAGGAUAAAAGAGAAGAAAUUAAGGAAAAGGGAAUUUUUUAGACACUUUUAAUAUUGAUUUUUUUUUUAUAAUUUGAUCACAAAUAUAUUGAUGUCUACUUACAUUUCAGUCGUGUGUGAAUUUCCAAGUCUGUUUUUAUGAAUUAGCUAAUUUGCAAAAAUCUUCAAAAGCCACAAAUAUUGCAGUGAUUGAGGUGCUGCUUGUGUCUGUGGAUUUCGUAACAUCAAAUAUUGCAGUUAAGCUGUGAAAUGGUUGUUUAAAUUGUGGUUGCUGGAAAGCUUACAGUGAGCCCAGUUGGUUAACUAACGCUGGAAUACUCACCCACAAAACCACUGUGUAAAUAAAACUGCUCAGAAUUUUGACACUGUGAUGGAUUUUUCCCCCACAAAGUUGCUGUAUCGCACAUAUUUAAAAUUAUCUGUAGUAACACUAUUUUUAAGGAAUAACUUUCUGGGAGGAUUCUUCCACUUUUACACCAGAGUGUUGCUCCUUUUUAAAUAUUGUACUAAAAAAAUUAAAUAUUUACUAACCUCAAAAUGUGGUGUUCUUUGAGUGUAGUCUGUCUUUUAAACACAAUUGUGACGAUGCUAGUCUGUACCUUUUCUAUAUGUUCCAAUAUUUCAACAGAAUCAAGU